AUGAUGUGUGUUAGUACUGCUGCGUGGAGUGAGAAAGUCGGAGGAAAAACGGCGCAACGCUCCUGUCUUCCGUGUCGGCGUGGAAACCUCACCCUUGGCUCUGGGUUCACCUCUGGUGGAGGGGGAGCGCUGAGUUAUUUGCCAGAGCAAGUCCUUUACGGUUCGAACGGAUCUAGAGCGAUCGAUAAACACAAAAUACCCGUGGCUGCAGAGGGCAUUAAGAAGGCGGAGAAGGAGCAGCAUCAGACAGAAUCUGAAGAGGAGCAGCAAGAAGAGGGCCAGCAACAGCAACAGCAGCAACAACUACACCCUUCAUCACCAUCUCCCUCAUCAUUGCCACCACCACUAGCAGCGGCAGCAGCAUCAGCGGAACCAGCAGCGGGAGCAGCAAAAUCGCCGCAAAGAGAGGGCGACAGUCGAGCAGGAAAGGACGAGACUGAGCCAAUUUCGGCAAAAACCGUUUCAGCACCGGCUACACCUUCAGGGGUUCCAUGGCUGGCCGAGAAGGCGAUUGUGUUGGUUCGAUUUUCUGAAUGCUUUCGUCGAGGUCGAGUUAUUCGCUACGAUGCUGAGUUGAACAUGUGCGUGGUUCAACUAGACUUCACCAACACCGUUGUGAAUAAGGGCAUCGAAGACAUUUUCCCCGACGACCCCUCCAUCAUCACAGCCGCUACGGCUGCCGAGACCCUAAAAAGAGAACAGAAGACACCUACAGCUACUACCACUAGACCGCCAGGCUUUGUAUCCUCCGAUGUCCCCUGUCCCAGCUCAGCACCUCCGUUCAUGUGA